AUGCAAGGUUCUAUGGACAGAUUUCUUGUAAAAUCAGCAAAUCUUAAUGAAUCCGGUAGAAGUGGUGAUGAGUUUGAUGAUCCAAUGGAAGAUGAGAAUGAAAUAAAUGAUGAGGAUGUCAAUGAAGAAGAUAAGGAGGUUGAAGAUGAUGUUACUGAUGUCACUGAAGAGGAUGAUAAUCUAAGUGAAAAGGAGAAUGAAGACGUGAAUGAUCAAAUGGUCGGAGCUAGAGACGAAGGUUCGUCAAACAAGACGUCUACAAUGAAGACAGGUUCGUUAAAUAAGAUGACUACAACUGCAGAAUCGUUUGCAAGCAAAGGAGUGCAUUCACCGGAGAAAAGAGAUUUCUAUCAGUUAAUUCUCUCUUCUUUCACUUCCGAGAUGGAAUUUAAUCCAUUUACUGAGCCUUCAAACUUUGUUGAACUGCUUAGCAGUCAACAAAGCGUUUCACUAUCUGAAGCGCAAGUUCCCUUCUAUGGCACUCAAGGCACUGAGCCUUCAAACUUCGGUGAAGACAACCAUGCCUCUCGUAAAGAAAGAAGGACGUGGUCGCCAGGAGAUGAUGUUCUGCUCAUUAGCUCGUGGCUAAACACGAGCAAAGAUGCAGUAGUAGGGAAUGAGCAAAGGCUUAAUGCAUUCUGGAAAAGAAUAGCUGCGUACUACAAUGCUAGUACCUCUGUUGGUGGCUGUGAAAAGAGAGAGCCAACACACUGUAAGAAUCGCUGGCAGAAGAUCAAUGACCAAGUUUGCAUGUUUUGUGGCGCAUACGAAGCUGCGAACAGAGAGAAAACCAGUGGUCAAAACGAGAAUGAUGUGCUCAAACUAGCCCACCAGAUCUUUUUCACUAACCAUAAUAAAAAAAUCACCCUUGAGCAUGCUUGGAAAGAGUUGCGUAAUGACCAGAAGUGGUGCGAGCUGUCUACUGCUAAAAAUGAUGGAGGCUCCAAAAAGAGGAAGUGUGGGGAUGUUUCACAUUCAGCAAGCUCGAAAGCAACUGAAGUGGAUUCCAGUGACGAUGAUGAAGCAACAACUCAUCCCCCGGGUGUUAAGGCAGCAAAGGCUCGUUCUAAGAAGACAAUGAGUGAUGGGAAGGAACUGUCUGAGUUUCAGACAAUGUGGAACAUCAAGUAG